AUUCAGUCCCACUCUGAUUCACUCUAUCGGCGUGUGUUUGUGGGCACGGGUAGUUGGAGUAAGAAGUCGCCGGGCGGCAGUGCAUCUCAAACGCUUUUUUUGGGAUAGAAACUCCGCUGAAAUUUGCACCACAGACUGAAGAAACGACCCCCGGUGACGACUUCUGUAAAAUUAUUCAACGCACCGACUGCGCCACACGCCCUACCAUCAAACGCAGCCAGGCUAUCAGAUGUUAGCCAGCUAGCAUCCCUGAAAAUUGACGGGAUCAAGGUGUUGAUAGCUAGCCUCCCAGCUAAUUAUCCAUUAGCUAGCAUCCUUCUGCCGUAGCAUCAUUAGCUUGAUUUUCCUUCUCGCGCACGCCAGGACUUAACCACUGCUCGUGGCGGUGCCUUUUAGCUCGCGGGCAUCAAUUCCCACAUCCACACAAAAACAGACAACUAGCUGGUUCUACCUAACGAUAGCUGCUGCUGGAAAAGACAACGUCUGCGUUGCAUUAGUUGGCACCAUCACACCCAUCUCCCCAACCCCUUCACCUCUGCCCCUCUCACUCCACCCGAAACACUGGAAAUCCACAAGCGGCCGGAUAGCGGCGAAGGGCCGGCGAAGCUGGGGGUGCCACCGUUACCGGACUCGCCGGGAGUCGUAACGGCUACAGACAAGCUCAGCUGUGGGGACCUACCGACAAGUAUGGACGGGCUGGCCGUGGAAGUUCGCGGCUCGAAUGGGGCCUUCUACAAGGGUUACAUCAAAGAUGUCCAUGAAGACUCGCUCACAAUUGUUUUUGAAAACAACUGGCAGCCAGAGAGACAGUUGCCCUUCAGCGACGUGCGGUUGCCUCCUCCAGCCGACUACCACAAGGAAAUUGGUGAAGGGGAGGAGGUGGAGGUUUAUUCGAGGGCCAACGAACAGGAGCCAUGUGGCUGGUGGCUGGCCCGGGUCAGAAUGAUGAAGGGAGAGUUCUACGUGAUUGAGUACGCGGCAUGUGAUGCCACAUACAACGAGAUUGUCACAGCAGAGCGCAUCAGGCCCCUCAAUCCAAACAGCCCUUCCUCUCGAAACUCCUUCCACAAGGUCCCCAUCGCUGUCCCAGAAGACCUCAGGGACAUCUGUGAAAAUGACAACAUUCACAAAGAGUUCAGGAAAGCUAUCGGAGCCAACUGCAUCUUCUACAGUGCCCAAACACAAGAACUCAUUGUGCUGUCUACAAAUGAAACCACAGUAAAGCGUGCAACUCUUCUGAGCGACAUGCAUUUCCGCAGCAUCCGUACCAAGCUUAUGCUAAUGUCCCGCAACGAAGAAGCCACCAAACAUUUGGAGACAAGUAAGCAGCUAGCGUCAGCAUACCAGGAGGAGGUGAGGGUCAGGGAGGACCUGAUGGGCCUAGCCAUCGGCUCCCAUGGUGCCAACAUCCAGCAGGCACGGAAGGUACCUGGUGUCACAGCGAUCGAGUUGGAGGAGGAAAGCUGCACAUUCAGGAUCUACGGAGAGUCCCCAGAGGCAGUAAAACAGGCUAGAGAGUAUCUUGAGUUCACAGAAGACUACUUUCAGGUACCCAGGAACCUUGUAGGCAAAGUCAUCGGCAAGAACGGCAAAGUCAUUCAGGAGAUUGUGGACAAGUCGGGCGUGGUCCGUGUCAGGAUCGAGGGAGACAACGACAAAAAGCUUCCCCGUGAGGAGGUAGGCAGGCAGGGGGCAGGCAGGGACGACACUGCCAGCAGCAAAGAGGGCAUGGUUCCCUUCGUGUUUGUGGGAACUAAAGAGAACAUCAGCAAUGCUCAGGCUCUGUUGGAGUACCACGUGUCCUAUCUCCAGGAAGUGGAGCAGCUGCGCCUAGAGCGUCUCCAGAUCGAUGAGCAGCUCCGUCAGAUUGGGGUUGGGUACCGCGUGCCUCCUACUCGAACUGGGGGCCCUGGUGUUGAACGGGAGAAGGGCUACUUGACAGACGAUAGCAGCAACUCACUCCACACCUCUCGCACCUAUGGAGGCCGCGGCAGAGGGCGUAGGCCCUCCAACAGCCAGUACUCUGGAUAUGGCACAAACUCUGAACUGUCCAACGCCUCUGAGUCAGAGGAUCUUGGCGAGCGAGACCAGAGGCCCCGUGGCAUAGGCGGUGAUGAAAGAGGCUCCCGACGGGGGGGCAGGGGCCGAGGCUCUAACCCAGGACGAGGCCGUGGAGGGCCAGCAUCCAAGCCUUCCAACUCCAUCAGCUCAGUGCUGAGGGACCCAGACAGCAACCCCUAUUCCCUGCUGGAGGGUGAGGGAGAACUGGCCGACACAGACAUCAGCGAAGGCAUGGGAGGAGAUCGCCGCAGACGCUCUCGACGCCGCCGCAACGACCAGGAACCCAGCGUGAUGGACGCUGCCGCAGAGUCGGACGGCCAAGCCGGCCCCAGCGAGAACGGACUGGAUGAAGAAGCACGACCUCAGCGCCGCAAUCGAAGCCGCCGCCGCCGUAACCGUGGCAACCGCCCAGAGGGAGGUUCAGCAAGCCGUGACAGGCAGCCAGGUGAAAGUGUGACUGUUGCUGACUACAUAUCCCGUGCCGAGUCCCAGAGCAGACAGAACCUGCCCCAGAAGGAAAACCACGCUGGCCCCGAGCCCAAGGAGAACGGGACCAGCGCCACAAAGGAUGAGCGAACACCCUCCAAGGGUUCCCCCAGCAAAGGCAAGACCUCGGCCAGCGAGACCCUGACCUUGGUCAACGGGGUCUCGUAAAGAGACGGCCCUGUCCCUCGCGAACCCAAGUCUAGAGCAAGACUCCAUGGCAAACUCUGUCCCUGCUUGCAUUAACUUAAACCUUAAACAGAUGAGUGAAAAGUACCUGACAAAAUACCUGAAUUCAUACUAUGAGAGUGAAAAAGUACAAAAAAACGACAAACGCAUCUACUUAAAAACACACGUUAACGGUGUAUGCUAUCCUAUCUAUCAGUACUUAGUGCUUAUUUAAAAAAGAAAAAAAAAAAAAAACUAGCUUGCCAAAAAAGAGCUGGUGGAUGUGACUUGAUUUUUAAAAAUACUGAAAUACGAGAAACAGGACGAGACUUUUUUUUUUUUUUUUGAAACGGUUGUCUUUAUUUGUGUCUUUUUUGUUAUGUUAAUUUUGUUCAUUGUUUAUCACUGGUUUGGACUUGGCGGUCGCUCUCUCAACCAAAACAGACACGUCUCUUAACAGUGUUAAAGUACCGACUAGAGAGAUGUAAGCUGUAGGGAGUGGCGCACAAGCAGACAGUGCAAUAGCUUAUGUGACGCGACGUUCGCACACUGAACCUGGGAGUGGAGGCAGACAGACAGACAGAUCGGAAUAUUGAUAGACAUUGUGCCUUGAAUUUGAAGAAAAAAAAAAAGAAAAAAAAAACUAUUAAUAAAAAAAAACUUGAGUUUUCCAUUAAGUUUGUUUUUGUUUCCCAAGAGGAAGAAAAGAGGGAAAUGUGGUCUUCCAGGUUUUUUUUCGGUUCCAAGAAGAGAACAGACCUGUGAGGGAGCGAUUUGUAAAAAUGAGUGAAAAGAGGAUACAGAAAAGGAGGGAGUGGAUGGCCAACAUGAGAGGGUGAAAGAAGUCCGGUGCCAAACAUGAAAUUCAAGGCGCUUGUUCUCAUUCCGAGUAGAAUGGACGCCGUAGGGGGUCAGUGCGCGCGUAUGUAUGUGUGUGCACAGUUGAGAUAUUUGGCAACCACAAAACAAAACUAGGAAGGGUGAGGUAACUAAAUGUAACGCAGCCCUGGGCGGGUCGCACGGUGAGGCAUCUCUAUUUAUCAACAGGCCUAAGGGGGUCUUCCUCCUCCUACCUGUUAUAGGUCUUUUUGAGGGUCCAGGGUGGCUCCCAUACAGCCUUGUAAACAAGACAAGCUGAGACCAGACACAUGGCAGACUUGAACUAUAGAUUUAGACUUAAAGAAAAACUAUACCGUGCCUCUUUCUCUGUGUCGGAGGGGGCAGCGGUGCUAGCUUCCAGCCACACUUGUGUCUUGAUAAA